AUGAAGGUUGAUGACGCCCACAGUCAGAUGUCUUCUAUGGCUAAAAAUUUAGACGAGAUGAGCCAGCAAUUUAAAGAGGAUUUUAGGACUGCGAAUGCUUCUCUUCAGAUGGAGGCCAUUAAGAUAGGCUUGCACCAAGCUUGUGUGGAGAUGAAGGACAAGUACCCUCAAGAAUUGAAAGAAAAGAAUCCUUUAUACUCUUAUCCUGACGCCGGAGAGCUAGUGAUGCAACGUUUCUACGAUUUGGUUAGUUAUGAUUGUUCAUUGUUCAGGAUUUUAGAGGUUGAAGGAAUUGAUGUGGGGUCUUUUAAGAAACAUUUUAGGGAAAUCAACUCUGGUUGUGAUGGGACGUGUUUCCAUCCUUUUGCCUGUUUAUGCCAAGACAUUACAUGA